AAGAUGUCUGCGCCCAUGGGCUCAGAUUGCGUUAUUUGGCUAUCCGUUGUUUUGUUAACGUCAUUUCAACCCUGUAUUGGAGAUGAACAUCAUAUCGCAUCGAAAGUGAAAUCUGAAAAGACAGAACUAAAAAGAUGUGGCUAUAACUUGAAGGUCCUGUGGCAGGCCGAGGUGGGUCUUUCGCCAUUUGCUGCAUCUCCGCUACUUGCUGAUGUGGAUGGGGAUGGAGUGAUUGAUGUCAUUGCUGCACCGUUCAGUGAGGCGCUGACAGUGUUGGAUGGGGAGAAUGGUAAAACACUGGAAGACUCUCGUUGGCCAUCUCAAAACUUGGAGAAUUCUAUACACUCAAGUCCACUGCAGUACGAUGUGGACGGAGAUGGGAUGCUGGAUGUUCUGUUUGUCAUGUCAUCUGGGGAACUGAAGUUUUUCAAGUAUGAUGGAACUUACUUGCCCCAGUACACGUAUCAGCUGCCUCCUGUGUAUGUACUUAAAGACUGGCAUGAGAAGGUUCUGUACGCUGGGUAUGAUGAUAUCCACCAGUACGUUGCUGAUGAUGUCACAAAAACAAAUGCCUACCUCCCCGUGGACCCCCACGUGUAUGCCACGCCUGCACUGGCUGACCUCAACCGAGACGGCAGGCUGGAGGAACUGGUUCUACCUGUCACCUACUUCUUUGAUGAAGAGGAUUACAGAACUCCUGAAAAGAAGCAACAUCUGAAAGACCUGAAGAGUCCUCUCUUUAGUCGGUAUUUGGUGGAUGGAGUGACAGUUCUCAACCUCACCAGCCUUGAACCAAUCAGGCACGUCUACCUGGAUCUAACACAGGUACACGCGCAGUUUCCUGCCUUCACUCUGUUCUCCCCGACGGUCAUAGACCUGGACAGCAACGGCAGUGACCUGGAGGUGCUACUGGCCACCUCGGCGGGCAAUCUCCAUGUCCUGGACAAGUUUGGUCACCAACGGAGAGGAUUCCCUAAAAAUAUGAACAGUUUACAUGGUCAGGUAACAGUAGAAGACAUAAACAGAGACGGCAAGCUUGAGAUUAUUGCCAUAGACACAAGUGGUAAUGUUGCAUGUGUAGACAGAGAUGGCGUCACCUUGUGGGAAGGGGAGGUAACUGGUUCAUCAUCACCUGGUAGUCGGAUCACGGAUAUUAAUCAGGAUGGGAUACUCGAUGUUGUCAUAGCAACGAGUGAUGGUAAUGUCUUUGCACUGAAUGGUACUACCGGUAAGCCCCUCCCUAAAUGGCCGAUGAAGUUUGGCACGAGGAUAGCAGGAAACAUUCUCCUGACAAAGAUUGGUUCCACAGAUGGCGCUGUGGACCUGGUGUUUGUGGCAGACGACAGCUUCUUGUACCUUGUGUCGGGGGAUCAGGUGUGUCAGGCCCACCUGCCUAUUGGGGAGAUGUCGCUCGUGGAGAUCGUCAGCCACGAGCUCAUUCCCAUGUCCCGGGGCCUGGAGCUCCUGGUCUCCACCAAUGACGGGACUCUGUUCUGCCUGGGAACAGGGGUGGAGCCACAUCCCAGUGAAUGGAUCGGGGAGACGUGGAAUCGAGGGAUUCAGCUGCUGGCCUGGCCUGCUGUCACGAAAACACCCAAUGACUUCACUGUCCAUGACCAGAAGACUGGCGUGUAUGUGGUGAGCAGCACGAGGGAGCUGAUGGAGGUGACGGGCGGGUCCUUCUGGUUGCAGUACCAAGUGAUGGAUUCUGCUGGACCCACAUCGCCCUUUCCUAAGCAGUCUCCUUACACUAUUCAAGUGUAUUAUGGCAGGCACCUGCUGGCAGAGGAACAGCGGUCCGAGCCAGGGAUGUAUUCUCUCAAAGUUCCUGUGUGGCCAGUUCCAGGUCGAGGUCAUGUGACAGUUAUCUUGACCAAUCAGCAUGGCCAGAUAUUUAAGGACACAUUUCCACUUAAAUUUAAUCAACUGAUUCUUCAAGAUCUACAAUGGUUGGUUUUGGCUCCUUUUGUUGCUAUGGCAACAAUAUUAUUAGUAAAUCAUGGAUUUCCUGCCAAAGAUUUGUUGCCAAUGACAUUUCCAGCAAAGGCAAAGUGAAAUCGUACAACAGUGUAUGAAUGCCAAACUCUGUCAGAAACUGCCUAGAACAACAUAUCAAGAACUUGCAGGAUGGAUGUGGAUGGUAUAACAAGGCACAUUGAUUCUCAUGAUUUUGUCUACAUAGUCAAUGAUAGUGGUCAGCACCAAGAGAUACAAAAAAGACGGUAUAAGACUGAUGAGACAGCUUGGAUGGCUCGGAUAAACAUAUCUAAGAUAUCUGUGAGUGCUGCAGCAAGUUUAUUUACCUUUGGUUCUGGUGACUACAUGAAAUCCUGCCAUUUUCACGAGAAGUGUCUUUCCCAGUGUGGAAUAAGACAAACCAUGUUGUCAGGAGGUAGUAAGCUCCUGUACGCACGGAGAUUCCGGGUUGGAAGUAGUUCCAGCAACCUAUGUCAUACGGUGCAACUUUGUGGGUUGGGUCCUUAUACCCUGAUGGUAGAGGCUGGUGUUCAUAAGAUCAAUCACUGGCUUGUCUGGCCCAGACUUGAUUAUUUACAGGCUGAAAUCUAGCUGGAAUAUUGCUGAGUACAGAGUUAAACAAACAAAGUGGCCACUGAUCAUAUAAGUGCAAUAAUCUGGAUUGGACGUUAAAGGUCUUUCACCUCAUCCACCUAGUUUAGGCGAGGCACGAGAGUCAAAAACUGAAAUGUUUGUGAACACUGCCAAGCAUGUUACCCUAUGUUCUGGAAAUCUGUCAACCAUAUCAAUAUGUCUUUCAUACUACCCUCUGUAGAAUGGAGACACAUGGAGACCUUUAACCUUCAAGAAGCACUUUUGGUGGUUUCUUGUUCAUUGCCACCAUGUUGGAUGAACAGACUGAACAAGAUCCCUGUAGAAUAAUAUGUGUAGAAAGUGUGCUCAAGGACUUGUGGGCAUGUUGUUAUUGUGCUAUGUACCGGUAUAUGUUUGUUUGCUAUGCCAAUGUCCUUUGUUUGUCAUAAUGUAUCUGAACAUAAUCUUGGUAGACAAACUCCAAACUAGUAUACAUGUCCCUGCAGGGACCAGUACAGACUAGCUGAAACCUGUAUGUACCAGUAGAGUCUAGUAUAGGGCAGUUGAAACCAGUAGGGUGUAAUAUAAGCCAGUUGAAACGAGUAGGGACCAGUCUGGUGCACAUAAAGCACUGCAAGAGUUGCAGCAUGAACUUGUGAUUGAAUCUUCUUGGUUUAUUGCACAAGGACCAAAUUUUCAUUUUAGAAAAUGCCAUGGUACAAAUAUUCACUGGUUCACAUGCUGUAAAGUAGUCAACGAUUAUGAAAAUAUAGUUCCAGUUUUCCACUGAAUAAUAAACAAUGCAGUGUGGAAUGUAGGAGGAAAUAAAUAAAUAUAUGAUCAAUAGCCAUCCUAUCAUCAUGAUCAUACCAUCACCAGUAUUAUCAUGAUUAUGGUAAUAUUACCUGUGUCAGGUGGAUUUCACCGACCACCCAACUCAGUUCCAUUGUAUCAGUGGAGGCAGAUCCAGGAGUAGGACCACCCUAGAGUAACACCGAAGACCCGGGUUCGAUUCUCCACGCGGGUACAAUGUGUGAAGCCCAUUUCUGGUUUCUCUGCCAUUAUAUUGCUGGAAUAUUGCUGAACGCGGCGUUGAGACAUACUCACUGACUCACUCAAUAUGUGAUGUAGUACAGAGUUCCACAUUGUGCAAGGUUUUACCUAGACUUACCUGUAGUCCCAGAAAUAAAAUGAUCUUUUUUAAAAAUAUACAUCAUGAUAAUUCCACAAAAUAAAAUCCCAAUGGAGCCCAGAACAAUGCUUAGUUUCAGCCAAGAGCUUAGGCAAUCUUGACUUGUCAGAUCAUUGUAGAUCUAGGGGGAUAUAGUCAUCAUCUGGUCCGUCUGUAUUUCGUGUCUGGAGCACAUCCAAACUUAGUACAUGUAUUAACCAAUGCCUGAAGUGGUGCCUUUUGCUAUUCAGGAAUUUUUCAAAAUUCAUUUUUUCCAGUUUCCAUGGAAACAAGUUGGACUUAGCUGAAACAGAGGAAGGUGUCAUUGAGUAGCUUUUUAGUUCUGCUCUGGAAACAUUUUUCAUCCAAACUUGGUACAUCUAUUAAUCAGGGGUUGAUGUGGUGCCUUUUGCUACUUUGCCUUUUGCUAUUUAAAAAAACCAAAAUCUUUUUCCUGUUUCCAUGGCAACAGGUUUGGCUCUGACUCUGUUACAUUGUGUUUGUCUAGACCAUAUCUCUAAAACUAAUAGGUACUCCUUCUUGAAACUGUGCACCAGGCCAGGUUGUCAACUGGUACCUUUUUUGUUAUUUAGAGAUUUUUAGAAUUUAUAUUUUUUCCCUUUCAAUGGCAACAAGUUUGAUUUUGACUGUUCAUUCAUAUUGGUGUGUACCUGACAUAGAAAUACACAAAGCUCUGAAGCCCAGUUCCAUGGCUUUGUUUUGAUAGCUCAAUAACUAUUCUUGUAUAUGGACAGGCAGAUUAGAUAGAAAUUCUCUCAUCAAGUUGGACUUAAAGUAACAGUCAGAUAAUUUGUUCUAUCGAAUUUGUGGGGGCUGGAGGGAUUUGUCAUAUUCUGGUGACUCUUGUAAUUUAUUCUCUUGGAUCUGGGAGACAGACUACAUGUAGGUGUUGAAAUGCGUUCUCAGGAUAUAAAGUUUUAUGGUAGACAUGUGGAGGACAUUUCCAAAUUUGAUGCAUCAGUGACCAAAAUUAUAUCUGAUUCAUGUUUUUAUUUGUCCAUUUUAUGGCUGGUUCAAGUGAAUAAUUGACUUGCCUUUUUAUGUGUUUGUGAUGGGUGUGACUGGUUCGAUUCCCAAUAUGGAUACAAUGUGUGAAGCCCAUUUCUUGUACCCCGCCGUGGUAUUGAUGGAAAAAUGCUAAAAGCGGCGUAAAACCCUACUCACUCACUCAUGUCUGGGUCUCUAGCACCCACGCAUUCGAGACAACAGUGUUUGACUGUAAUAGAUGACUUAUACACAUGAUAUAGCCAUGGAGUGGCAUGCUCAAAGCACAUUACAUUAUUUCCCCUUCCACCUGAUCAGUCUGCAUUCCAACUGUAUUCUCAACUCCCUGGGGAGGAUCCAACCCAACAUUCAGUGUGCUCAUUAUUGGUGUACUUUGCUGAUAGUAAAUGAAUAAAUGAGUAAAUGAAUAGCUGCAUAUAUAAUACAUGAAUACUGAUUGCUGUCACUUGUUUUCUUCAUUUCAUGUCUGUGCAAAUUGUAAAGUGUUGAAGCUGCCCUGCCCCUGAAGAUUCGGGUUAGAAUAGGUCUUCAGCAACCCAUGCUUCCCGUAGAAGGCACCUAACGGGAUCGGGUGGUCAGGCUCGCUGAGUUGGUUGGUGAAUGUCAUCGAUCGCAAUUGCGUGGAUCGAUGCCCAUGGUGUCAGUCACUGGAUUGUCUGGUCCAGCCUCGAUUAUUUACAGACCGCGGUCAUAUAGCUGGAAUAUUGCUGAGUGCAGGGUCAAACAACCAACCAACCAACCUGCAUAACGCUUCUGAUACAGUCAUGUACUGACACACAAUGAAAAAGCAAGAUCAACUGUAACUGGAAGGAAAAGAAAACUAUUUUAGCAGUAAAUAUUUACUUGCAUGAGAAAUAAUGAUGACAGUGUCGAGGGCGGAUUGUCCAUAAUAUCAAAAUCCUCUCUCAGUUUAUUAUAAUUUUACUGCCAAUAACAUGCUACAUUUGGUUUUCAAAAAGGAGUGGGAUAUCUGGACACCCCCCCUCCCCCUCUGGAUCCGCCUAUGCUGUGUGACAGGAUGAUAUUGUUGUAUUUGAUUAUCUCAUGCCUAAAUACCCAGAACAAGUUAAUUUGAUUUUUGUAGCCAGUUUGAAUAUGCUUUUUCAAAGUGUUUCAGUAGAUGUAAAACACCUAUAUAACGUGCGUGUUUGUGUGUGUGUGUGCGUGUGUGUGUGUGCAUGUGUGAUUGAUUGAAGAAGUGUCACAAGUGACCUCGGGUAUGUUACCAUGGUUACCUUGUAUUGUGAGAGUGAAUCAGUGAUUUCUAAUUUAUUGUCAGUUGCUGCCAUGUGCUGUGUUUCCUUGAUUUUCAUGAGUGAAUUACCUGAACUUCAUACACAAUACUCUUGUCCUGUUGUCAUGGGGUUUCUCUUCCUUGUUAUUAAAAAGUGGUGUGAGAUGUGUGCAUUCAGGGUUUUAUGCCAUAAAAGAACUUAACAAGCCCAGUGGUUUACCUGUCAACAAGAUGACAUAUAUGACACCUUUUGUAUUAAAACUGUUUCA